AUGAUUAUAGGAUUCGCAGGGAUACUACUGAAGCUUCAUCAUCCCGACCUAAUAGACAGCGUCCCACGGCCUCAACGAGGAGACAAAGAGCGGCUCCCCAAGAUCACAUUGAGGAUACUACAUAGUAAUGUUGACGCAGAGGUUGAAGAUGUAGCUACUACUCAUGAUAGUAAUGUUGAGGUACAUGCUGAGCCUACUGAGCCAUCUCGAGUAGGUCCCAUUGAUCCAUCUUUACUUACGAGUUUUAAAACUCACAUAGCAGCUGCAAUUUGGAAUAACCAGGAACGUGAGCCCCUUAUGUGCAUGUCGAAAACAUCUACCCUUCGUGAGUGGAAUUGGUGGGGUAAUCCAAAUAAUGGUAUAUUCAAAUGGUACAUUCAGAGGUCUGGAUUAGAGCACCUUAUUAGGUGUUCUUAUCAGAAUGCUGAUAAGAUUGUGGUAUCUACAUUUGUUGAGAGGUGGCAUCCCGAAACGAACACCUUUCACAUGCCUUUUGGUGAGAUGACCAUCACAUUGGAUGAUGUGUCAUCUAUUUUAGGCAUUCCUAUGUCUGGUACACGAGGUCUCCUCUUGCCCUCACCUCCAUAA